AGCGCCACCUUACAUUCGCCCAAAGAAACAUCAAUAUCAUGUUGAUUCAAGUAAACUUUGCAAAUAGCUAGGUCCUAGGAUCUUCUAAGCCCUAAUUCUAGCUCCUUGUGUGUAAGAAUGGCACUCACUCAGCCCAUGAAUAUUGCAGGAAAUGUCGCACCAGGAUUUGAGCUAGUUAGGGAAAGGUUCAAGGAAAACUUCGAUUGCGGUCUUGAGGAGAACGGAGCGGCGUUCAGCGCGUAUCACGAGGGAAAGCUCGUCGUCGACCUGCGGGGCGGCUACGCGGACAAGAGCUGUGGCUACGUGUGGCGGGACGACACGCUUGCCGUCGUAUUCUCGACGACGAAGGGCGUGUGCGCGCUAUGCAUCGCCAUCAUGGUCGACCGCGGCCUGCUGAAGUAUGACGACCCGGUCGUCGCGCACUGGCCCGAGUUUGGACAGCACGGAAAGGAUGCGGUUACCGUGGAGAUGCUGGUUGCUCACCAGGCUGGGGUGCCGCUGGUGGACGCAGACCUGGACCUCGACACCCUGCGCGAUCGCGCGAAGGUGGGCGAGAUCCUCGCGCGGGAGAAGCCCCGCUGGCCGGUCGGGGCAGGUCACGGCUACCACAUGUUCACGCAUGGGCUCCUCGUCGACCAGCUGCUGCGACGCGUCGACCCGCACGGGAGGACGGUCGGCCAGUUCUUCGCGGAGGAGGUCGCCGGGCCGUUCGGUAUUGACUUUCACAUUGGCCUUGCAAGACCACUCCAACACAGGGUCGCACGGAUAGUUUCCAUAGAACCCACGUUGUCUGACAAGGUGACCGAGUACAAGACUUGGAUUAACGCGCUGACGUCCCCCGCAUCCAGAACUCGCAUAUUCAAGGAGUUCCUGUCUCGACCCAAUCCUCCACUUUUCGCUUUUGUGGGCAACGAGAUCUUCAACAACCCCGACUAUCGUGAGGUGGAGUUUCCUGCAGCUAACGGCGUCGGCACGGCGACAGCUCUCGCCAAACUCUACGGGAUUCUCGCCAACGGUGGUUCGCACGAGGGUCACGUUCUUCUCUCGCCGGAGACUCUGGCAACGGUCCAGCGGCAGGUGACGAGCGGCGAGGACAAGGUCGUCGGAUAUCUCGCCUCGAAGUUUCAGCCGCAGUUUACGGCCGGCGGGUUCUACACUGGCGCCCCCUACUGCAGGUCCGAGGGCGACGUCGUGAUCGGUUCGCCGGGGUACGGGGGCCAGGCGGCGUUCGCCGACGCCGCGAGGAAGCUGGGCUGGGCCUACAUCACCAACAGCGUGAAGCCGAGAGACGUCGACGAGAGGUCGAUGUCGCUGAUGGAAGCGACGUAUCAGUGCCUGGAUGAACUCUGCAGAUGAAACGCGAUCGCAUUUGAUUUGCAAGAUGACGAGUGGAACAGUGUGUAGUGCAGCGGAAUAUGUGGAAUGCGUAAAGAUUGUAAUGUGAAAGUGUGUGCAGUGGUGCGUGAGUGGAAUAGGAGAAUUUGUAACGCGACGCUUUGGGUCCGUUAGAGAAUGGAUUGCGUAAAAGGUGCGGCGUGGCAUUGUAGUCGGGGUAAUUAAAAGUUCGUUAGGGUAAUUAAAGAGGGAAGAGAGGUGAAAAGGGAGCUAUUCAUUGAUUGCUUUAUAUCAGAAUUCGCGUUUCUGCGUUGCGCGUUGCAGUUUAAAAGUAUUUUAUUGCUUCUAAAGUAAUAGAUGGUUUUGUUUUUUGUACGGGAUAACUGUACGUAUAUAUACGUGGUUGUGAUAAAUUAUGGUUAUAUUUGAUACAAUAUUCUUUUUAUCGUGCUCUGAAUUGCACGUCAUAUUUUUUUUACAAUGUUUAUUACCAUCGUGUGUGAUAAUUGAGAUUAUCUACCUCUAUUUCAAAUCAAAUAUAUUUUGUAGUAUAUUUA